UAUCUAGAAGCGAAGUUUUACGAACAUAAGUUUGACGUUUGUGCUGUGUUCCGGUUCGAAGUUGUCUCCAUCUCUUAUCCCGAAAAUGUCGCCCCGGCCAGAUACUCGGAGGAAACUAACGGUUUUGACCGUUCACGAGCGGAUGAAGAUUAUUGAAAAGCACGCAGCUGGCUGGAAGAUCGGUGCAAUCUCGGAAACUUACGGCGUCCCUCAAAGCACCGUGUCCACUGUCGUCAAAAACAAGGAGAAGUGGAUUGCGAUGCAAGACAAGGGCAAUCUUCGAAAGCCACGAGCCGUCUCGAACGAACGCCUUGAAAAGGCCAUGAAGCUGUUUGUCCAACAAGCGCGGGAAAACAAUCUGCCGCUUUCCGGGAUCAUGAUCCGUGAAAAAGCUAAGGAUUUCGCCUGUCAGCUCGGCAUUACUGAGUUCAAAGGAAGCGCCGGCUGGCUCUCAAAGUUCGCAAAACGGCAAAAUCUUGCGUUCAAGAAGCUCUGUGGCGAGAGUGCCAGCGUUGAUACGAACAUGUGCGACGACUUCAAGCAGAAAACGCAGCCGGAUCUGGUUCGCGGCUACGAUCCGAAGGACAUUUACAACGCUGACGAAACUGCCUCGUUCUAUAAGUGCCUCCCCGAUAAAACCUACACGAUGCAGAGUGAGGCGUGCCACGGCGGUAAAUACUCCAAGCAACGAAUCACCGUUUUGUGCGCCACCAACAUGGACGGCUCGGAUAAGUUACCGUUGUUGGUGAUCGGAAUUGGGCAGCGGACGUGA